CACACAGGUGUUGCUGGGGUUUGCGCAUCGCCCGUGAGAUCGUUUGGCAGGAUGGGAGCUGCGAGAACACCUACGCAACCCCACCACAGCUUCCCAUGUAUUCUGCAAUUUAGCUUUUUGUAAUACGGGAUUCAAUUAACGCUGGAAAACAACUGAACGUCGCAAUGGUGCACCACUCGGGCUCCAUCCAGUCCUUCAAGCAGCAGAAAGGCAUGCACACCAGCUUCAGCGAGAUCCUGAAGGAGAAGAGCCUGAAGCCGUCCCGCCGCAGCCUGCCCUGCCUGGCCCAGAGUCAGACUCAUCCAAUCAACCUCAACCACUUCCUGUCUGUGCCUCUGAGCCCGGAGCCCAAACCAGAAGCCGAGGGUCUGAGUCAGAGCAUCAGCACCUCCUGCAGCCUCCUGCCCCCGCAGACAGCAGAGGAUGCAAAGGAUCAGUACGUGGAGGAGUCCGAGGUGACGCCGUGUGAAACAAAGGCAGACGAGUCAUUUCCACUCAAAAAGCCUGUCACCCGUGCUAAACUAGAGGCUCGCACAGAUUCACUUCAGGGAAAGAAUCCAGCUGCUUCCUCUGGGCUGUUCUUCCGGAAUGGAAAAAAGCGCAUCGACUACAUCCUGGUUUACAAGAAGUCCAGUCCACAGGUGGAAAAGAGGUGCACCUUUGAGAAGAAUUUGCGGGCUGAGGGUCUAAUGCUGGAGAAGGAGCCCUCCUUGACGAACAACGACAUCAUGUUCGUGAAGGUCCACGCUCCUUGGGAUACACUCUGCAAAUAUGCAGAGCAGAUGAACAUCCGAAUGCCUUUCAGGAAAAAAUGUUACUUUACGGACUGGAAGAGCAAAACCUUGGGCAGCAGGUUUCAUCUGAGAUGUCGUCAGUUAAAAAGCUGGCUUCCCAGAAAUCCCAUGAAGCUGGACAAAGAGGCCUUGCCUGACCUGGAGGAAACCGACUGCUACACAGCCCCCUUCAGCAGAGCACGCAUGCACCACUUCACUAUCAACAAUAGAGAGUCGUUCUUCUCCAAUUCCACCAGAAGCAGAAUAGUCCAUCAUGUGCUGCAGCGCACCAAGUAUGAGGAUGGAAAAUUGAAGAUGGGUAUCAACCGGUUAUUGGGCAACAACACAUAUGAAGCUGCAUUUCCUCCACAUGAGGGAGGUUACAAGAGCAGACACCCAAUUAAGACGCACGGUGCCCAGAACCACAGGCAUCUUCUGUACGAGCGCUGGGCCCGCUGGGGAAUGUGGUACAAAUACCAGCCUCUAGACCUCAUCAGGCGUUACUUUGGUGAGAAAAUCGGUCUUUACUUUGCGUGGUUGGGCUGGUACACCGGCAUGUUGAUCCCUGCUGCCCUGGUUGGCGUUUUUGUCUUCCUCUAUGGUCUCUUCACUAUGGACUCCAGCCAAGUCAGUAAAGAGAUUUGUGAAGCCAACACCACCAUCAUGUGUCCUAUGUGUGAGGACACCUGUGAGCCGUGGACGCUGAGUGACAGUUGUGUCUACGCGAAGGUGACCCAUCUCUUUGAUAAUGGCGGCACUGUGUUCUUUGCCAUCUUCAUGGCUAUUUGGGCCACAGUAUUCCUGGAGUUCUGGAAAAGGAGGAGGGCAGAGCUGACUUAUGACUGGGAUCUUAUCGAUUGGGAGGAGGAAGAGGAGGAGCUGAGGCCUCAGUUUGAAGCCAAGUACUCCAGAGUGGAGAGAGUCAACCCCAUCUCUUGCAAGCCCGAGCCUUUCCAGCCCUUCUCAGACAAACUCAGCCGGCUCAUGGUGUCUGUGUCCGGAAUAUUCUUCAUGAUUUCCCUCGUUCUGACGGCCGUGUUUGCCGUGGUGGUUUUCCGUCUCAUUGCGAUGGAGAAGUUUGCUUCCUUCAACUGGGAUUUUGUGAAGAAGAACUGGCAGUUUGCGACCUCUGGCACCGGCGUCUGCAUCAACUUUAUGAUCAUCAUGUCUCUCAACGUGGUGUAUGAAAAGGUGGCCUAUCUGCUGACAAAUUUAGAGCACCCACGGACAGAGUCUGAGUGGGAGAACAGCUUUUCUCUGAAGAUGUUCCUGUUCCAGUUUGUAAAUUUGAACAGCUCCACAUUUUACAUCGCUUUCUUUCUUGGAAGGUUUGCUGGCAGGCCUGGAAAAUACAAUAAACUCUUUAAUCGAUGGAGACUGGAGGAGUGUCACCCGAGUGGCUGUUUGAUUGAUCUGUGCCUGCAAAUGGGAGUCAUCAUGUUCUUCAAACAAAUCUGGAACAACUUCAUGGAGCUCGGUUAUCCUUUGCUGCAGAACUGGUGGUCUCGUAGGAAGAUGAAGAGACUAGGUGGUGGAGGGCAGAAUGUAGAGAAUAAAGCCCAGCUUCCACAGUGGGACAAAGACUGGAAUCUGCAGCCGAUGAACGCCCAUGGACUGGUGGACGAAUACCUUGAAAUGGUUCUCCAGUUUGGCUUCACCACCAUCUUUGUAGCAGCGUUCCCGCUGGCUCCUCUCCUGGCCCUGCUCAACAACAUCAUUGAGAUUCGUCUUGACGCCUACAAGUUUGUCACUCAGUGGAGGAGACCCCUGCCUGCCCGAGCCACUGACAUAGGUAUCUGGCAUGGGAUUCUCGAAGGUAUCGGCGUGCUGGCAGUCAUCACCAACGCCUUCGUCAUCGCCAUCACCUCAGACUAUAUCCCCCGCUUUGUUUACGCCUUCAAAUAUGGCCCGUGUAUGGACAAGGGACACCACCAUGAGGAUGAGUGUUUGCGAGGCUACAUGAACAGCAGCCUGUCUGUAUUUGACAUGAAGGAGAUGAAGUACAGCAGUCAGUUCAGAUACUGCAGGUACAGAGACUACCGAGCGCCGCCCUGGAGCUCAGUGCCGUACGAAUUCACCCUGCAGUUCUGGCACGUCUUGGCUGCAAGACUGGCCUUCAUCAUCGUCUUUGAGCACCUGGUGUAUGGCAUCAAGUCCUUCAUAGCGUACCUCAUUCCGGACAUACCGAAGGGUCUCUGCGAUCGUAUGAGGAGGGAGAAGUACCUGAUGCAGGAGAUGAUGUACGAAGCAGAACUGGAGCACCUGCAGAAGGAGAGGAAGAAGAACGGACGGCGUUAUCACCAUGAAUGGCCUUAGCUUAUACCCCCACGUUUCCACUACAUGCCGCACAGCCCUCAACUCACAGGCACAACCUCCCCCUGCCUGCUUAUUUAUGUAUCUUAGCUUUGAGAGUCUAGCUUCACUUGGCUGAUUCUGUACACCAAAGACGCCCCAAACCUGUCAGGCUUCAGGCUCUGAACCUGACCACUCCCUCGCCAUCUGUUCCACGUUCAGUGUUGGCGCUGCUCUCGGUCCCUGGCUCUGAACCUCUCCCGCCCCGAUCCCUCACCUGGCUUCACCCAGCAGGUCGCCCUUGGGUCUGUGCUGUGUCAUGGCUUCACUGGAAAAAAACCUGUGCAAUUGUAAUGUUUACUAUGCAGAUCAAGGGCUGCAGCUCACCACUGUUCACCUUUGGCACCCAUCCUGCACUCUCUCUGUGUGGCAGCUAGCGCUACGCUUUGACUCUGUUUGGUGCAGCUCGCAGCAUGGCCGUGUGUUUCUCCCGUCAGCAUCGGCAGAGCCACAGUUCUGCCGGUUAUAUGUGACAGAGCUACUGUGGCACUUAGCGUUUCUUGUUGUAAAAGAGAUUCUGGUGAUGUGGCUACCAUAUACAAUGAACACUGUUCUUGCCAAGCGACUGUAUAUUGAAGCAUGCUGAUUAAUAUUUACGAAAAGAAAAACAUAACAAAAAGCAAAAACAACAGCAUUCACCGUGGAGGAUGUGAACAUCCAUUCAGUACGUCUGACAAAGAAUUAUACAAAGUGCAUGGUAAUAUUGUUUUGUAUCUUUUGAUAGACAAUGUCCCCGUUUGUCUUGAUGCCUGGUUCACGUGUGUCUGUACUCGGUGUGAGCUGUGUGUUAAUCUGCUACUGCUGAUCUUGACUGUCUUGAGGUGAGGAAAUGUGAACUUUAGUGCGAUUUGAUUGUGCCUACAGUUGUGCGCACCACAAUUGUGUCACCAACAUCACGUGUGCCUGUUUGUGCUGCACGUGCUUUUUCAAGUGCAAGAAAUAUUCUCUGUCGUCGUUCUGUUGUGUGAUCUUCUCUGAACUCUCUGAACUCUCCUGUAAGGAUUUGUUUUGGAUGCGAGUCACACCACAGUACCUACUCGGGUCUCAACUAAUGGCUCUGAAACACUGUAUGCGUUGUAAUGUGACUCCCAUCAUGAACAAUGUAUACACUCGCAUGCAGGAGCUGCAAAUCUGCUCUUCCGUUCUGCGCUCGCAGCCUGUUUUUCAUUUGUUGUUGGAAGCCCUGGAGCGUGGUUGAAACUUGGAUCACUUAGACAUACCUGUGGCUUGGAUGUUCAGCUUGCAAAUGAACAUCCAUCCACUGUUACUCACUCACAAAGAACACCAACAUACUUCAUUUCUAGUCUUUUGCUAAGCAUACGGUCAGAUGCGGUUUUUAGCUGCUUCCUGACCUUUUACUCAUGUGAAACUAAGGAAUUAGGUUUUGUUGUAACCUUUCAUUGUGGUUUGCCUCCGAUGUUAUGGAGCAGCAUGUUUUUGGGGAACUCAGGAAAACAGGCAGCAUGAGCGACGCAUCCAUCUGUGAGUCAGAAUCAUUUCCUGUUUCAUUCAAGAUGAGAUGGAGAGUUAUGGAGUGAGACAUAUUAACGAGAGGGAUUUGUAUUUUGUAGGUGAUGAGAACUUUAAUGUCGACCCAAAAGCUUCAGUACAGGUCAUGUUGAUCAUAUGAUGGUAAAUAAGAUUUAGUAAACGAGAAAGUUACACCAACCUGAGGAUAUCACCACCCUGAAUGCAUUGCACUCAACACUGAAAAAUGUAUUUAUCAUUUUAUAAGAAUUGUUGGUUAUUUAAAUGUAUUUAUUUACUUUUCUUUUCUUUGAAUAUACAUUUUAUGAUGUAUUUAAUGUUUUUAUACUUUUUAUUUUGUGCUAUCAUUAUGAGUUCACAGUAUUCACCCUCAGAUAAACAAAGCAACAUUCACAUUUCUCAGGUGUCCUCUGAAUGUCUUAUAUUUUUUAAGAUAUAUAUUUUCUUUACUGCAGUGCAUUUGCAUGAUUAUAAUGCAGGUUGCAUGUUUGAUUUUGCAUAUUCACAGAAAGUAGAUUAGAGCAGAUCAGAACUCAGUUAAUAAUGGAGACAUACUGUAGGUUAAGAAGUAAUGAUGCUUUCAGGUCAUAAUGUUCAAUCCAUUGAUCAUAAUCAUUUCAUUCACAAGAGAGAGAUUGUUUUAAUCCUCAUUCCAAUAUUUAGAAAGGUUAGUCCAGGUUUUCAGAAUAUCUUCCCUGCUAUGUGAACAUUUAAAAUCUAUGCAUGUUGGUAUCCUUUAGUUUGAACAGAUGCAGAUGUUAAUGUACUGGUACAUUAGUGCUAUAGAGUAUGCAUGACUUAACACCUGCUUUGAGCAGAGCUAACUUCUGUAAAGUUGUUCACAGCGUCUUAAACAUAUCACUUCCCCUUUUCAGUGUUGAUCCUUUUUGAACGUCCGGACAAGAUGUUAUGCUCCUUGAUGUGGCGGGAUUUUAAACUGUAAGAGUAUUUUCUAAAUAAAAGUUUGGACUCCAGACUGAUUUAUAUAAUCUGGCCCGGACUGAAUUUCAAGGACAGUCUUAAAACAACCAAACACGUGAAUCCUCAGAUUUGCUCAGUUUGAACACUCAACUAGGGAAUUAGAACAGUAGAAAAUGUUUACCCCCUUUCAGCUAAAGUCUUUAACGUAAUGGGAUAGGGGUGAUAUUAUGAAUUAUUAAGACCUUGGAUGUUUGACUUACCCAGCUUCUAAUGAUUUUACUGUUAUCUUCUCCCCUCUGAGAGCAUAGGUUCACCUUCUCACUAACAAAUGCUGCACGGUGGUGGAAAGGCUGCCUUAAUGCCUUCUACUGUUGGCGAUAGCACAAUAUGGGUAUUGCAUAAUAAGUAAUAAUGGCAUGACCUUGCACAUCUCUGAAAAAAAUAGUCUUGGGAGGAUUACGCUUUCUGAAUGCCUCCUAAUAGGAUUGCGCUUGAGCAAGUGAUGUACUUGAUGUCGAAGCACAGUGACGUUAGACCAUAGAUUUAACUGUAUAAUAGGGUGGUAUCAGUCGUGACAUGAAGUGUAUCAAUGACAUUGUUUACUUCGUUCCUGUUUACAUGUAAAAACAUAUUGAAAUGUAUAAAAAAAUAAUGUAACAUAAAAUAAUUUGGAUAUCACUCUUUUCUGUAAUAAAUCAUGGAUUGUAUCUUUUAA